AUGAAGGCUGCCAUUAUCCUGUGUGCCGUGCUGGCACUCUCCGAGUGCAUGGUCAGGAUCCCUCUGAACAAGGGGAAGACCGCCAGGGAGAAGCUGGAGGAGCAGGGCCUGUGGGAGGAGUACAGCAAGAAGUACCCCUACAGGCCCUUUGCCAAGUUCGGCAGCUACGCUGUGGGCAACGAGCAGAUGACCAACGAUGCUGAUCUGGCCUACUACGGUGUGAUCUCCAUUGGAACCCCCCCUCAGUCCUUCAGAGUGCUUUUCGACACUGGAUCCUCCUACCUCUGGGUGCCCUCUGUGUACUGCAGCAGCACUGCCUGCAACCACCACAACAAAUUCAACCCCAGUCAUUCCUCAACCUUCAAGAAUACCAGAAGAUCCCUGCGGAUCCAAUAUGGAACUGGCAGUAUGACUGGAUUCUUGGGUUAUGACACCGUUGCUGUUGGAGGUAUCCAGGUGCCUAACCAGAUCUUUGGAUUGAGCAAGACUGAGGCUCCCUUCAUGGCUCACAUACAGGCUGAUGGCAUCCUGGGCCUGGCCUACCAAAGCCUGGCUGCCUCAGGAGUUCAGCCCGUCUUCUACAACAUGGUCCAGCAGGGCCUGGUGCAGAACUACUUCUCCGUUUACCUGAGCAGAAAAUCUGAGUCCGGCAGUGAGGUGAUCUUCGGUGGUUAUGAUCCCAACCACUACACCGGCAGCAUUGCCUGGAUCCCCCUGUCCUCUGAGACCUACUGGCAGAUCACUGUUGACAGUGUGACAGUCAAUGGAGAAACUGUUGCUUGCCAUAGUGGAUGUCAGGCAAUUGUGGACACUGGCACUUCUCUCAUUGUUGGACCCACCAGUGACAUUUCAAACCUGAACAAUGCAGUCGGUGGUGUAAGAAUAACCGAGAGCUUAAGCACUUUCUAUGUUCAAUGCGGCAACAUCAGACACAUGCCUGACAUUACUUUCAACAUUAAUGGAAAUGCCUUCAUCCUGGCUGCAUCCGCCUACGUCCGUCAGUCCAACUAUUACGGCUGCAGCACUGGAUUUAGCGGAAUUGGAGACAGCCUCUGGAUCCUGGGCGAUGUCUUUAUUAGGGAGUACUACACCAUCUUCAACAUGGGCCAGAACUACGUUGGGCUGGCCAAGGCUCUCCCGGUGAAGGUUUUGAACAGAACAACAAUCAUGAAGGCUGCCAUUAUCCUGUGUGCCGUGCUGGCACUCUCCGAGUGCAUGGUCAGGAUCCCUCUGAACAAGGGGAAGACCGCCAGGGAGAAGCUGGAGGAGCAGGGCCUGUGGGAGGAGUACAGCAAGAAGUACCCCUACAGGCCCUUUGCCAAGGAUGGCAGCUACGCUGUGGGCAACGAGCAGAUGACCAACGACGCUGAUCUGGCCUACUACGGUGUGAUCUCCAUUGGAACCCCCCCUCAGUCCUUCAGCGUGGUUUUCGACACUGGCUCUUCUAACCUCUGGGUGCCCUCUGUGUACUGCAGCAGCACUGCCUGCAACAACCACCAGAAAUUCAACCCCAGCCAGUCCUCUACCUACAGGAGUACUAGAAGAUCCCUGCAGAUCCAAUAUGGAACUGGCAGCAUGACUGGGAUCCUGGGAUUAGACACCGUUGCUGUGAGUGUUGUUAAAAAUGAGUACCGGUACAUAGAAGUGACUAAACAGUAUACAAAAGAACAUACAGUGGAGAGUUUGAUGAGGUUAACACAAAAUCUAUUUUUCUGUUCAGACAUCUGUCUAGGAAUUUGAACGCACCCCACCCCACUUGAUGUUCUGACAUUUACUUUUCUGCACAGCAACUCAGAGUCUGGGAGUGAGGUGAUCUUCGGUGGUUAUGAUCCCAGCCACUACACCGGCAGCGUUGCCUGGAUUCCCCUGUCCUCUGAGACCUACUGGCAGAUCACUGUUGACAGUGUGACCAUCAAUGGAGAAACUGUUGCUUGCAAUGGUGGAUGUCAGGCAAUUGUGGACACUGGCACUUCUCUGAUCGCUGGACCCACCAGUGACAUUUCAAACAUAAAUAACGCGGUCGGUGGUGUAAGUAUAACCGAGAGCUUGAGCACUGCCUCUGUUCAAUGUGGCAACAUCGGAAACAUGCCUGACAUUACUUUCAACAUUCACGGACAUGCCUUCACCCUGCCUGCAUCUGCCUACGUCCGUCAGUCCAACUAUUACGGCUGUAGCACUGGAUUUAGCGGAGGUGGAGACAGCCUCUGGAUCCUGGGCGAUGUCUUCAUUAGGGAGUACUACACCAUCUUCAACAUGGGCCAGAACUACGUUGGGCUGGCCAAGGCUGUGUGAAAAUUUUCCAUUUGCGACAAACUGAAUGUAUCAAU